CAACAGUGCAGUUGAACGUCGCUCGGACUAAUCAUUAUGAAGCUUCAGAUUUUUGUCGUGGGGCUCUUGCUCCUGAACGUAGGAUUCUGCAAAGAAAAACACAGCCACCCCCGAGUCGAUCCCAACUGUGAAUGCGGAAGAACCGGGGACGAGAUAGCCACACGAAUAGUCGGAGGAACCGAGGUAGUUCCUCACUCGCUGCCAUGGGUGGUGGCGAUCUUCCAUAGGGGGUCGUUACACUGUGGUGGUGCCUUGAUCAACAAUCGCUACGUCUUGACUGCCGGACACUGUGUCAAAUGGAUUGGGAAUCACAAAAAUCUGGAGGUGGGUAUGGGCAUGCACAACCUCCACGACCGCAAGACGGGGUAUAUAGUGAAGAUUGAUCGAGUGAAGCUCCACCAGAACUUCAUGAGUGAUUACCUUCAUGAUACUCAUGAUAUUGCGUUGAUAAAGUUGAAACAUCCGAUUGAAUACACGAAGGAGGUGCAAUCGAUUUGUUUACCAGCAAAAGGUUCUGAAUACAACGGUCACGAUGUGAAAGUGGCAGGUUGGGGACGCGUAAAAACCGGGGGAGGGGCUUCUUCAGUGCUGCAGGAAGCCACCCUAAGAGUCAUGUCUUACGGUCAAUGCCGGAAUACAUCCCUUGGGGCUCAUCUCACCGAGUCGAUGACGUGUGCCUACGACGAUGGAAGAGAUGCUUGUCAGGGUGACAGUGGCGGCCCUCUCCUGUUCCAGCGAGACGACUUAAAAUACGAAACGAUAGGAAUUGUUUCGUGGGGAAUUGGCUGCGCAACUCCUGGACUGCCUGGGGUCUACGUCAAACUCACGGAUUAUCUCCAUUGGAUCAAGCGACACACGAAGGAUGCAAUUUACUGCACCGAUAGUUAACUAAAUUCGAAAUUAAUUAAACUUGUUUUACACAGUUGAAUAAAAUGUGAUUUAUGGAA